AUGCUGCCAUCUGUAUCACAUGUACAGCGGCGUGGAAAACGCCAGAAUGGCGCGAUACCCAGAAUUUCAGUUCCAUAUACACAGAAUGACGAAGCUGAGGAGCCUCCAAUAAUCCCAACUCCAUUUGGACAUCAGGACGCGCGUUCCCGCUCACGGCUCCGGAGUCGGCCGCUCCUGCUUUCUCUGGCAGCCUGUAUUUCCGUCGCAACCUUUUUAGUUGCUUUUUCCGUGUGUAUUGCAUGGCGCAACAAGAAACUGGCGUCCGGGGCGGCACGUCGUAGUUUGUCUGAGGGGGGGGAUGCUGCCGAUCAGGAUGAGUUGUCUGUCAUAGAAGGUUGCCUGGCAUUGGAGGCCGAAAUGGGUGUUUUGGAGCAAAGAGUGAUUACCCAGUCUGAUGCCGACCCGAUGACGCGGGUAGAGGGACUAGUUUCUGUUCUACACGCUGCUGCUGAAGAACAUGAAGCAAUGCAAGGGAUGUUGUUGCCCAGGUAUGGGCUAUCAGCCCAGCACAACACCUAUGAUCAAAUCCAGCAACAUGUGGGAGAAGAACUGACGGAGUUGCAAAGUAUGCUUCAGCCUCACUGGGGUGAAACUGGAGACACACGCACUGUUACAUCCCUAGCAGCUUCUUCGAGCCAGCUUCCUUUGGAUACAGCCCAAGCCCUGGAGCCACAAGCGUGGUUAGAGGAUAUUCCAUAUAUAACCAGUGGGCAACAUCAGCACGGUAGGAUGCCAUUUGCGCCUCCCACCAUCGUUGAGUUUGGUGAUCUGCAGGCAUCAACAUCAUAUGGAAUGUGGAAGCUUCCACAGGAUAUUCGCAAACACCCGUAUGUACGACUUCCAGCGCUGGCAAAGGAUGUGGUUGUUAAACACGUCGAUGUAGAUAAUCUCUUUAAUCCAAUGCGGAUGAAGGAACAGUUCCAUCCCCCCCUGGUCAAGUUGAGAAAGUUAUUUUCAAAGGAUGUCCUCAGCCAGGAUGACGCGGACGCCGUCGUACGCGCCAUAGAGGAGUUGGUAGGCUCAGCAUGGUACCAGGCACGGAAGUCCUUUCGGAGGCGUCCUGUGCACGCCGCCGAGACUUGUGGACAGCACUUCUUAAUAUUUGAUGCGCUAGUUUCUGCCUUUGAACUUUUGGGGGACUCCAUGGAACUUCCUUUGUGGUGGGGCAGAUUCGUAGCUGCAUUUGACGGCGAUCCUUCCGCGCGCUUGCCACCCGUAAGCGAUCAUGCUGGGGGGGUUCGCAGGAGGAUGAUUAGGCGAAUACAAAACGCGCUGGAUAUCUACAAAACAGGGAGACGCCCACUACUUCAGGAAGUAAUUGCACUUAAAAAGUUGCUGUUUUGCUCGUCUGCUACCCCUGGGUCAUUCAACGACAAACAGUGGGAUCCUUGGCGAGAGGAUGGAAAAUAUUCUUAG